AUGCUUUCCCGUGUUCGCAGUGCUGUUGUCCGCGCUGUGGCGGGAGUGCGCGGGGUCUCCUCGGCGGCCUCUGCAGCUUCGCUGGCUUCUGCAGCCUCGGCGGCCUCUGCAGCUUCGCCGGCUUCUGCAGCCUCGGCGGCGGAUCACAAGGGUCGGGUUGGGCACGUCUCGCAGGUGAUCGGCGCCGUCGUGGACGUGCACUUCGCGGAGGGGGUUCCUUCGGUGCUGACGGCGCUGGACGUUGUUGAGGACCUCGGCCGUGAUGAGCCGCUGACGCUAGAGAUCGUCCAGCACCUGGACGCGCACACCGGCCGGUGCAUCGCCAUGCAGACGACGGAGCUGCUGAAGCUGCGGUCGAAGGUGGUAUCGACGGGCGGGAAUAUCUCGGUACCGGUGGGGCGCGAGACCCUCGGCCGGAUUUUCAACGUGCUGGGUGAGGCCAUCGACCAGCGGGGUCCUGUGGGCGAGAAAAUGCGGAUGCCAAUCCAUACCGAGGCGCCGAAGCUUUCGGACCAGGCCGCCGAGGAUGCAAUCCUGACGACCGGGAUCAAGGUGAUUGACUUGAUUCUGCCAUACUGCAAGGGUGGGAAGAUUGGUCUGUUUGGCGGCGCAGGCGUGGGGAAGACGGUGAUCAUCAUGGAGCUGAUUAACAACGUCGCGAAAGGCCAUGGUGGGUUCUCGGUGUUUGCCGGUGUGGGCGAGCGCACGCGUGAGGGCACCGACCUUUACCUGGAGAUGAUGCAGUCCAAGGUGAUCGACCUAAGGGGGGACUCCAAGUGCGUUUUAGUGUACGGGCAGAUGAACGAGCCACCUGGUGCGCGUGCGCGCGUGGCGCAGUCUGCACUAACGAUGGCGGAGUACUUCCGCGACGUGGAAGGGCAGAACGUGCUCUUAUUUAUUGACAACAUCUUCCGCUUCACGCAGGCGAAUUCCGAGGUGUCUGCGUUGCUUGGCCGCAUCCCUGCGGCUGUCGGCUACCAGCCCACGCUGGCGGAGGAUCUCGGUAUGCUCCAGGAGCGCAUCACAUCGACGACAAAGGGGUCUAUCACGUCCGUGCAGGCGGUGUACGUGCCGGCGGAUGACAUCACUGACCCUGCGCCGGCCACGACCUUCUCCCACCUCGACGCAACGACUGUGUUGGACCGUUCGGUGGCUGAAUCCGGGAUUUAUCCUGCUGUGAACCCGCUGGAGUGCGCCUCGCGCAUUAUGGACCCCGACGUGAUUGAUGUGGACCACUACAAUGUCGCCCAGGACAUCGUGCAGAUGUUGACCAAGUACCGAGAGCUGCAGGAUAUCAUCGCGGUGCUUGGUAUCGAUGAGCUGAGUGAGGAGGACAAACUUAUUGUGGACCGCGCGCGCAAGGUGAACAAGUUCCUGUCUCAACCCUUCCAGGUAGCCGAGGUGUUCACAAGCAUGCAAGGACACUACGUACAGCUGGAGGAUACCGUGGAGUCGUUCUCUGGGCUGUUGAUGGGCACGUACGACCAGGUACCAGAGAUGGCCUUUUACAUGGUUGGCGGCAUUAAGUCUGUACUCGAGAAGGCGAAGGCGAUGGCCGAGGAGGCCGCUGCGUUGGAGAGGCAGCGGCGCGCCCGUCGCGCACAAGCUGCGAAGGAGGAAGGAGGCUCUUGA